ACCGAUACCCUCUCCGCUAAAGAAGCAACACCGAAACUUUGUUGCCCGUUUCUCCGACACAGAAGCAGUUGCUCCCUCGCUUUUUUCUUUUCCCGCUUCGGCUGCAAUGGAAGGUCUCCCUAAGCGCCACGUCCUGAUUAGUGUUGAUGAUUCGCCGGCGAGUAUGAAAGCGCUGGACUGGGCGCUGGCCAACAUCUACCGCCCGGGCGAUGAGUUCCACCUCUUCCAUGUCAUUCCGCCGGGCCAGUACGUGGUGCUGAGCACGGACCUGGGCAUCGAGGAGGUGGUGGAGGAUGACGAGGCCACCCGCAAGCGCGUAGAAGAUCACGCCCGCAAUAUCCUGGUGGAGAAAUUCGUGCCCAAGCUGAAGGCCAUGGACGUGCCGUAUCAGGUGGAGCUGGUGCGCUUCGCCACCGACAAUGAGUCCAUUGGCGCCGUCAUCUGCAAGCGCGCCGACCAGCUGCAGGCGUCGUGCGUGGUCAUGGCCAAGCACAACAAGGGAGCCAUCAAGGAGUUCUUCGUUGGCUCGGUGUGCAACUACUGCACCCACCACUGUAAGUCGCCCGUGCUGGUCAUGCACUGCGACUAAGGCGGCUCGCAAGGGGCCAUGCCGCAGAACAGCAUGGACUGCGCAUGCCCGCCAGAUCCCGGAGGAGGGGAGCUGGGGCCGGCCGGGUGUUGCAACCUGGCGCCUGGCGCUCGCCUGGCGCCCAAGGUGGUGUGCGGGCCCAGCAAGCGGCGCUGGUGGCAUGGAUGACAACAGCGCAUGUGUUUCAUAAUAUGGAACGGCGCUUGGUAGACCUCGAUGAAAAGUACAUCGGGAAAGUUGUGUUGUUGUUUGCUAAUCCAGGACAUUGUGAAGCAGCAUGCGUUGGGGUUGACCACAAGCAGGGAGACCUAGUGCUGCAGUCUUGCAGGUUGGGACUGUGCGGAGCCAGGAAUUAAGAACUGCCAGUGCACAAGCAUGGAGUGGGCAGCGGGGCACGUCAGAUCCCUUUGUCUCUAUCCCUCUUUUUUACGUUGGGCAAGCGCCGGCCUUUCCUAUUGAUCAUUGGCGUGUAGCGUCGGCGCGAAGCGGAGGCGUUGCAAGACGCGCUGUUGGCGUCAUUUUGACGCGCAGGCGUUGCUAGGGCCAUCCCCAAGACUUUUGAAGGGUCGGCGUUCAUCGAUUCGCGGAUUCUGCGCACACAUGGGGGUACUCUACUGUGCUUGGUAGCUUGCGGCGUGGGGAUUUGCGGGAGUAACGUACCCGUAUGUAAAGCAGUGGGUCGGAGGCACGCUGCGCACCGACUGGGGCACGGGUGCAGGCAGGGUGCCGCGCUGCUUGCGAAGAGGGAGAGGACGGCUUGGGAAGAGAGGACUGCUGGCGCCCACGUGCCUAGACGAUUCAAGUAUUCAAUGGAUUCAUGCCAUCAACGCAUUCCGCGCCAGCUGGCACGUUUUAUCUGUAACCACGCCCGUCA